CCACUGGCUGGUAGAGUCUAGUUUCUUUUCAACGUGUAACAUUUAUGUUUUUGAGGUUCUUGUUAAUUCUUAUUUUAUGUUUUGUAAAGUACGUCAUCAUGGCAUCGGAUACGAUUAGUACCCCGAAAGUGAUUGUGCCGUACGAGUGGAUCCUGGAAAAUGUCGAGGAACAAACGGCAAUAACAAUUGCAUCGAAAAUGAUUCUGUUUCGAGGUGAACGAGUAUUCCGUGUGGGGUUGAAGAAUCACGCCAAAUCACCCAUUUUGUUUUUCAUGGCAAUUGAUCUCGGCAAAAUCGGGAUGAAAGUGGAAGACGUAACGUACCAAAUUCAAGGUAGUAGCACAGGACCUGUAAUCAUCAAGCUAAUGACAAAGGAGAACAUCGGCGAUGGAGGAAGUCUGCAGCUAUUUAAAACUCCACUUGACAAGAAGAUUAUUGGAAAUUGCACGUUUUCUUUUCGAAUAAUCAUCGAAGGAGUCAUUUCCUGCUAUUCAACCUAUGGCUAUUCCUAUCGACUGUCUGAUCGUCUUGCCAAGGAUCAAUUAUGGGCUGCUCUGAAAAUUCAAAGACAUUUAGCGGACGUUGAAUUUGUCGUGAAAGACAAGACAUUUCCCGUUCACAAAGCCAUUCUUGCUGCCCGCAGUCGAGUGUUUGCAGACGAAUUUGAGAAGGUACAACCGGUAAAAGACGUUCCUCAUCAGAUCCGGAUCGAUGGAGUGGAACCUUCAACUGUGAAGAAGUUUCUUCACUUUGUUUACACGGGAGAGCCAAUGGGAACGUUGGCAGAUGAAGAAUUGCUCAAGUUAGCCAACAAGUACGGGCUGCUGGCCCUGUCUGGUUUAUGCCAAGUUGCACUGAAGAAAAUUGAGGCCAUGCAGAUGGCAAAAGUCAUGGACAUUAUAAAUAACGGAGUUGAAGCACCUAAUUCUUCUUCCAAAAUCAUGCCGGAUAAAGAUACAGAAAUAAUUUUUGAUCGAACUACGCCCACGUUUAGAUGCGCUUUGCGGUUUACUGAAUCCGGAAUACCUAAGUGUAUAAUGGAAUAUAAAAAAGAAGAAUUGUUUUUCGCUUACAUCACUGGGAAUUUCGGUGAAAGCUGUAUCAGUAAACCUGGGAUUCAUUUUACAUGCGCCAAGCAUCGAAAAUUCGGCUUGAAAAUUGAAGAUAUUUAUUGCCAACUGAAGAAUAACCGACUUAUGGUGAAGUUGGAAGCGAAGAAAUCAAAAGAAAACGCAAAAGUACUUUUACGCUUCAACAUCUGGUAUAAUUCAAUUUCUCUCACCUCAAAAUUCAUUGACUUCAACCUCGACAUCAAAACAAUGUGUACGAUUGGCAACUAUAACUACGAGAUGAUGGACGACGCUUGGCCGACAGAUUUUUGGAUGGCAGCAACAAACCAAAAGUUGACGGAUGUCGAAAUCUUCGUCGGGACUGUAAAAGUGAUGGAAGCCCACCGAGUUAUUCUAUGCGCCCGGAGUCCUGUCCUGAAUUUAUCUUUUAGCAAAAUCAGAUACACAGAAAAGUCUAUUGUCAUAAUCGAAGCAGAAUUCGAUGUCGAGAUUGUCAAGAAUUUUCUAAAUUUCCUUUACACUGGAUCUUUGAAAACGACUGACGGUGGCCAUCAACUUGGUAAAUUGGCCGCAAUGUACGACGUAGAGACAUUGAAAAAUGUGUGUCAACUACUUAACGCCAACCCACCGGAUGCCGAAGAACUGACCGACUAUCUUCUGCAGCUGUAAUCGCCGGAUAAGUGCCGUAAUUCUUUUAUUUAAUACUACUCUACAUUUGUUUUGUAUCGUCUUCGUUUUUUUAAAUACAGAAGUUUG